AUGAUGUUUUAUUACUCUAUUUUUAUACAGAUUAUACCUCCAAUACCAACAAAUCUCACAAUUGUGACAGAAUUUAUCCUCAUGGGAUGUUCUACCAACAAAAAUAUAUGCAUUUUUCAUUUAGUGCUCUUAUUUUUUAUUUACUUCUGUGCUCUGAUUGGCAAUGUUCUCAUCAUCAUGACCACAACUUUGGACCAGAAUCUCCACACCCCCAUGUACUUUUUUUGGAAAAAAUUAUCUUUUGGGGAUCUCUGACUAAUUUCAGUCACCAUUCCCAAAUCUAUUGGCAAUUCCUUGUCUCAUAGUAACUCCAUUUCAUUCACUGGCUGUGUUGCCCAGGUAUUUAUGUUGUUUUUUUCAGUGACUACAGAACUACACCUCCUGAUGGUAAUAUGCUUUGAUCGUUAUGCUGCCAUAUGCCAUCCCCUGUACUAUGAAAUCAUCAUGAACAAAGACAUGUGUGUUCAGCUGACAGCUGUAUCGUGGCUUGGUGGGGAUCUGAUUGCUCUUAUGCACACAGUUGGUACCUUCUCCUUAUCCUAUUAUGGGUCUAACAUAAUCCAUCAGUUCUUUUGUGACAUCCCCCAGUUACUGGCUAUUUCUUGCUCAGAAAAUUUAAUGAGAUAAAUUGUACCUAUUCUCAUUAGUGUGGUGUUGGAUAUCUGCUGUUUUAUUUACAUCAUAAUUUCCUGUGUGAACAUCUUUUCCACUGUGAAAAAGAUUCCAUCAACAGAAGGUCAGUCAAAAGCAUACUGUACAUGCCUUCCACAUAUGAUUGUAGUUGUAUUAUUUCUCUUCACUGGCAUCUUUGCUUAUCUGAAACCAACUUCAAGGAUUCCUUCCAUUAGUGACCUUUUAAUUUCUAUAUUCUACACAAUGGUGCCUCCAACCUUCAAUCCCAUUAUAUACAGUCUAAGAAAUAAUACCAUGAAAAUGUCACUGCAGAGAGUCCUGUCCCUCGUGGCCUCCAUAUCGGGAUCUCUGAGUCCCACGGCCACGCAUCUCCCUACCACGCCGGCGCCAACGCUGCUUUUCGGCGAUUCAGACAACCCUCGGAGCGAGAUAAACCUGCAUGCCCACAGUGAGGCGUCCCAUCAGCCCGAAAAUACGGAGGUGCACGCCCUGCCGCCACCCGGCCUUCAACUCUGCUCCGGGAACGCUCCCCUCCGCCGGAGGCCUGGCGUGGGGCGUCCUUUAUGCGCCUUUUCCUGGCGGCGGCCCAUGCCCGGUGUGAGAAAGGGUCCUGGGCCAUGGAGAGCAGGACGGUCUGCAGGGCUGCCCAACGCCGGCCAAUUCUCAGGAGAGUACUUCCCAAACCAGGACCGGUUUGGGCAGAACGCUCAUGAUAAUUGUCCGGAAAACUCCCGGCGAACUCGCUUCAGGCACUGCACAUCUGCCAGGCCGUCCCCCCGUGCCUGGCGCGGCAUUGGGAGCAAUCGCGAACGAACCCCGCUAGGAAGCCCUCUGCAAGGCAGGCUGCGGCGAGGCCAACGCCUCCUGUUGAUCCUCGGCUUGCCGGGGUCCCCUCCCUGGCGCUGUCCAAUGGGGCCGGCCGGACAGGAAGCCCGGGCUCAAAAUUUCACCUGCUUCCCAGCCCUCCGCUUCCAGGGUCCUGUCCCUCAGUGCCUCCAUCUGGGGAACCCUGAGUCUCGUGGCCUCUCCUCCCCCUCCCACACCGACGCCAACGGUGCCUUUCAACGCUUCUGA